CGGGAAGAAGGGGGGGGGUGGGGGGGGGUGAUGGCGGCCGUCAGGCCGGGCGAGGAGGAAGAGGAGGAGGAUGGCGGCGAGGAGCAGGAGCGGGGCCGGCUGUUCGCACGCUGGCAGGCCGUCGCCAGCUCGCACCGAGUGAGCCUGCCCCGGGACAUGGCGGGCCCGAUCCUCCAGAUGACCCGGCACAGGCAGGCGCGGGAGCCCGUGCCCUGCGUUCCCCUCCCGCAGCCUGGGAAGUGUGAGGAGGGAGCCUACGAGGAGCGGCGGUACCCGGCUGGGAAGUGGGCGUGUGUCACCAAGGGGGAGCCCGCGUAUGAGCAGAGCAUCUCCCUGAGCUUCAUGAAGCUCAUGCGCUACAUCUGCCAGGAGAACUCUGUAGGUUGCUACCUGGGUAUGACAGUCCCAGUGCUCACCGAAAUCCGCCUGACCAAGGAGAGGACCAAGCUGGAACGUGAGGUCAUCACUGCGUAUUAUCUCCCAGGGGAGUUUCAGCAAAACCCUCCUGUUCCCCUGGACCCCGACAUCCACGUCACCGAGAGGGCACCGCUCCGGGUUAUAACCAGGGUUUUCUAUGGGAUGACCACCGAGGAGACGAUUCUGCGCGAGAUCAGCCUCCUCUGGGAGCUCUUGGGCUGCGCAGACACGGUGCUCUCGGACACCUACAUCGUGGCUACGUACGAAAACCCCAGCGUCCCUCAGCGCCGCAAUGAGAUCUGGUUCAUCUGCCGAGCGGAGUGAGCGAGCCUCCUCCCUGACCACAGACCCGGUGCGAGAUGGCAGUUCUGACCCAAAAGCAACGAACGCACAUCCUGACCCAAAAGCAACGAAUGCACAUCCUGACCCAAAAGCAACGAAUGCACAUCCUGACCCAAAAGCAACGAAUGCACAUCCUGACCCAAAAGCAACGAAUGCACAUCCUGACCCAAAAGCAACGAAUGCACAUCCUGACCCGCUGGCCGCCCACAGGGUGGCACAGCGGGAGGCCGCGGGGUGGGCUUGUGCUUUGCCCCGUGAGGGGGUAAAGCUGCUUGGUCUGCGUUUCACUUCCCCCCCCCCCCCCCCGUAGGGACCAGCCGAGAGCCUCUGCAGCCCCCUCCCUGCGCGAGCGUGGGGUGGGGGCUCGUGUAAAGCAGUAAUUGUGUGGGCUCGUGCCGCGUGCUAGCCUGAGCUGGCCGCCUCUCAGCUCUGAGCUGGAGUUGCAGGGCGGUGCCGCUUCGGGCUGGUGGUUGGCAGAGUCCCGAGCUGAUGGUGUGUAGAAGACUGUGUACGAGGUUGUGGGGCUCUGUCUGGGUCCCGCUUCUGGUGAGCGUGGCUGGUUGUCCUGAACCAGAGCCGCUGAGAUGCUGCUGCGGGGCUGGUGGGGUUUGCAGGGGGAAGGGGAAAAAGAAACCACAAGCGAAACCUGGAUCCUGAAUGUUUCCUGUCGGGAGUGGCUGUCUUUGGACUGUUGGGUGCCUCCCUGGCUGUCACUCACCGUCCCUCAGCCAGGCCCAGGGUGCUGGCAGCCUUCGCCCAUCAGCUGUGGGUGCUGGUUUGCAGGCCUGCUGUAAGCUGAGAGGGACGGGACCUGACAGCAGCAGCAGUGGCACCGCCGCGCGUGGUUUUGUGCAUCGACCAGCGAGUUUCACGUCCGUGAAUCCUGUCGUGCCCUCCUGGGGGAAGCUAGCCGUGCCAACAGUAAAUAAACCCAGCUCAGAGCGUU